AUGGAGAUUUUAGAUACAACAGAUGUAAGUGAUAUAAACUUAAGAGAUUGUGAAGAUGAACCAUGUUCUUCAAAUGAUUCUAUGAUAUCUGGUGAUACAGAGGAGCAAGUAGAGAGAAGAACAAACAAAAGGAAAAGUUCAACAUAUGAUGAUAACAAGGCUGCAAAACUUCAGAAAGUUCCAACUGAACCUGAGGCAGAAAAAGGGAAAAGUUCAACAUAUGAUGAUAACAAGGCUGCAAAACUUCAGAAAGUUCCAACUGAACCUGAGGCAGAAAAAGGAACAAAAAGAAAAUAUAAAUUAUGGACUGAAGAGAAUACUAAAGUAGUGGAUGUUUAUUUUAAGAGAUACAUUACAGAUACAUCUAGCUUGGACAACAAAGGGUCAUUGCCAGGAUCAAAAGAUGUAAGAGAGUUUCUUCAGAAGCAUCCAAUCCUUCAAGAUAUUGAAAUUAAAAAAAGGAUAACAGCCAUCAAGACAAAAAUCUUCAAUGAUAGAAAAGUUUACAGAGAAAAAAUUUCAAAGAAACUUAAGAAAACCCUCCAAAGUAUGUGAGCAUUCUGAAUAUCAUGCAUUCCAUAUAAUAGAUUGACUUGUAAUAGGCCUCUUAAUCUGUAAUCAUCCUCA